AUGUUACUUUUGUGCUUUGUGUAUUUCUGUGGACUGUUUGUUCUUAUAUUGUUCUUGAUUGGCUUUAUUUCCGGAUACGUUGGGAAUAAAUCAGCUGUUCUCCCUCUCCAACUAUUGGGCUAUGAUUUAGAUCCAAUAAAUUCCGUGCAGUUCUCAAACCACGCAGGGUAUCCGACAUUUAAGGGCCAAGUUUUGAAUGGAGGACAACUAUGGGACUUAAUUGAAGGCCUUGAAGAAAAUGAAUUGUUGUACUACCCUCAUUUGUUAACAGGAUAUAUUGGUUCUAUUUCUUUCCUCAACACAGUGUUGGAAGUUGUCGAUAAGCUUCGCUUGGUGAACCCUAAGCUAACAUAUGUCCAAAAGGUUAUAGUUGAGCAUUAUGGGUUAGGAACACUUUGAAGAAGUGAAAUUUGAUUAUGCAUUUGCCAUCACUCAUUUAUCACUAGAAGACUGCAGGAAUUGGUUUGUCCGCUGAACAUGGUCCCUUAUCAAUUUUCUGCAAAUGUCCUAGAUAUAUUUCAAUUUAAAGCGCUUAUUGAUUGGUGAUCUUGAUGCCCAUCAACUAUCCAUGUUUGAUGAAAUGGUAAUAUAUGGUUUUGCUUCUUUAAGGGAGAAAUAACUUCAUGUCGGGUUUUUGAAUUUUGUUCGAUUUUUGUUCUUAGUGUUAA